UUGCAUUCGCGCAGUACUAUCAUUAGAACAGCUGACCCGUGAACACAUGGAUGAUAAAGUAGACCCCGGAUCAGCUGUAAGGAGCUUACCUGCAGACAGGUAAACACCGCAGGAAGACAUGGUGGAGGUGUUUUCCGGGAGGACCAUCCUGAAUAAAGAGGGGGAAACAGUGGAUCCUGAGGAGGCUCUGAGGAACAAAGUGGUGGGGAUCUACUUUUCUGCAGGGUGGUGUCCGCCGUGUAGGGAUUUCACGCCCAUCCUGUGUGACUUCUACACGGAGCUGGUGGAGGAGAGGGAGCCUGCUGCUCAGUUUGAGAUCGUUUUCAUCUCCUCUGAUAAAUCUGCGGACGAUAUGGUGGAGUAUUACCACGACAUGCACGGAGACUGGCUGGCUCUGCCGUGGACGGACGACUACAAGAAUGAGUUGAAGCAGCGCUACAAGAUCACGGCGGUUCCUAAGCUGGUGAUCGUGAAGGAGAACGGAGACGUGAUCACGGAAAAAGGACGGAAACAGAUCCGAGACAAAGGGCUGUCGUGCUUCAGAUCCUGGCUCGACGCCGCAGAGAUCUUCCAGAACUUUAAGGGGUAGAAAACACGGGAAGACAUCCACUAAUAUAGCAUCAAAACCAAAGUAAAUAUAGUUCUACUUUAUUCAGUGGCAUGACGAGGCAGCAGAGGGUCACAGGGAUUUGAAAGAGCAAACUAUAUUUCUGGUACGAAAAACGCAGCUUUUUAAUUCAAAUUCUGCUCAUUCUUUCAUUUUUGAGGAAAUUAAAAAGACAGUUUUCAGACUUAAACAAUUAAAUCUAUUUAUUUCUUAAUUUAUUUCCCAGAUGUAGAGGAAUUUACAAAUAUAUUGUGCGAAAUCAAACCAUUAAAUGAAAUAAAGUCAAUCAUUUUCUAUAUAUAUUUCCAAUUUUCAAAUCAAACCGUUAAAUUAUUAUUUUUAUUAAAAAUCAAAAUCUGGAUAAACUGGAUUUUUUAAAUACUUUUUAUGCACUAGACAAUUAUUAAAAGUAUACAAUUAAACAAGGAACAAUCUAACUUUGGAUGAAAUAGACCAAAAUCAUGCUUUAAUGAGGGAGUCUAUUUACGUGAUGGAAGUUCAGUGACAGAUAAUAAUCCGCCCGACGACACUGAUAAAAAGUUAACAGGAAAAUAUUUUAAAGGUCCCCUAUUAUACUGUUUCUCAUCAAUAUAUCACAGGUCUCAGAUAUAUACAGAGCCUGUCU